CCACUCUUCUUCUUGACUAGGAUCUGAAAGACUACAUGAGACAGGCAGGAGAAGUCGCCUUUGCUGAUGCCCACAAGCAGCACAAGAAUGAAGGAAUCGUUGAGUUUGCUACAUACAGCGACAUGAAGAAUGCAGUUGAGAAGCUUGAUGGAACAGAAAUCAACGGACGUCGCAUCAAGUUGGUGGAGGACAGACCCUCAUCAUCAUCUAGGAGAAGGUCAAGGAGCCACUCCAGGUCUCGCUCUCGAUCUCGCCGUCGCUCCAGGUCUCCCCGAAGCAGAUCCCGAAGCCACUCCCGCAGCAGGUCCCGAUCUCGAUCCCGCUCUCGCAAGUCCAGGAGCCGAAGCAAGAGCCCUAGGAAGAGCCCGAAGAGGAGCAGGAGUAGGUCUCUUAGUCCAAUGAAGCGUGAUAGCCGUAGCCGUUCAAGAAGCAAGUCACCCAGGAAUAGCCGUAGCCCUUCACCUAUUGAGCAGAACAACAAGGGAAUGUCAAGAUCCAGAUCUCCUAGCCCUCAAGAUGAUGAUUAGACUGGGUUU